GCCUCUGAUAACCUUCACAGAAUCAUAACAAACACUGCAGUUUCUCGAGUUGGAAAUUUUUUUUCGUUUUAUCAUUGCUGGCCGCUCGAGGUAAUGACAACACAAUAGCCCCACUGCACGGGACCUUUCUUUUGACAAAUAUUCGAUUUUGCUAAAAAAUAGUGCGCGCGGAGCUGUGAAUUUUAAGAAAUAUUUAAAUAUUUUCUACUGCUCAAUAAUGAUGGGUUCGAAAUUAAACUUUGAUGGUUACAUGGCUCCGGUUUUCACACCAUUUGAUGAUGCACAUAAACUGAAGCUGGAAAUUGUACCUGGCUACUCGAAAUAUCUGCAUGCGUCAGGAAUCAAGGGAAUAUUGGUAAACGGCACCUCGGGCGAAGGAUGCGCCCAAAGCCUGGAGGAGCGAAAAGCAGUGGCUGAGGCCUGGGCUAAAUGUCGACCAGAGGGUCAAACAAUUGUGGUGCAGGUGGGAGGUGGGCCACUUCCAGAUGUGAUUGCUCUGGCGAAGCACGCAGAGGAACUAGGGGUGGACGGCAUAAUGUGUCUGCACGAUUUGUUCUUCCGCCCAGCGGGGGUCGACCAGUUGGUGGACUACCUAGCGUUGGUGGCUGCCGCCGCUCCAAGGACACCGCUUUUUUAUUACCACUUGCCAGGAUUCACUGGUAUCAAUGUAAGCAUGAGCGCCUUACUAGAAAAGUGUGCGUCUGAAAACAAAGUUCCGACCUUUGGCGGCCUCAAAUUCACAAGCUCUGAUUUGCAAGAAUUGGGAAAAUGCGUUCAAGUUAUCAAGAAAUUCAGCAGCAACAACUACCGCGUCUUCCUCGGCUGCGAUGACCUUUUACUACCAGCGUACACCCUGGGCUCAAUUUCGGCCAUCGGGACCACAUUUAACAUUUUCCCAGAAGCAGCGCUCAAGCUGGAAAAGCUGCUGCACCAAGGCGAUUUUAAAAAAGCAGCCAAAGCGCAGGAAGCUAUUUCAAAGGCGGUCAACUUCAUCACGGACAAUGGACUGCGCCCCUGGGUGCCUUCGAUGAAGGCUGCCAUGAAUGCGUGUGCGACUAUUGAAAUGGGACCCACGCGGAAUCCGCAGACCUCGGCGUUCACUCAGGAGCAGAAAAACACUAUGGGCAUCGAAGUAAAAAACAUCCUGUCGGACAUUUUUGUGUGAAUUGAGAAUCGAGAUGCGUAAAAAAUCGUACAAAAUACUUUAUUUACAAAAUCACAUUACUUCAUUUUGAAGUGUUGGAAAAAAAUCAGAGCACCAUCCCUGGAUGCUACCGCUUCUUGAUCCUGCAAAAUUUGAUAAAAUUAGAUUUGUGGUGAUGUAUGUAAUUCGCCCGAUGCUUGAUGAAAUAUAUUUUAACUAUUUCAGAGCGAAAUUUUUGUAAAUAAAUUAAUCGUUUUAUAACAGAAAAUUCUAGGUUUAAAUUAAUUUGUUUCCCUUCUUAUUUUUUAAUAAAAAAAAUGCAAUAAUA